UAUAGCUAAGGCUAAAAUCAGCUGUUUACACACAUUUAAACACAUUACAGAGCUUUAAAUGACUAAAACACAGAUUUACCGGCUGUAUGCGGACUAUAGAGCACAUAUACAUGGUGUCUGACUGGAUAGCUGCUUAGCUUAGCUCGGUUUAAACAUAUAAACACACACAGUGUGAGUUCAGUGAGGUGGAAAAGACUCAAGAAAUGACUUAAACUCAGCCACACUGAGUCAUGUUUCUGGUAGGGCUGACUGGAGGGAUAGCCUCAGGGAAGAGCACCGUGUCCUCUCAGCUGAGGGAGCUGGGCUGCCCUGUCAUUGAUGCAGAUGUUGUGGCCAGAAAAGUGGUGGAGCCACACAGUGCUGCGUACAGGCUGGUGGUGCAGCACUUUGGGCAAGAGGUGUUGCUGGAGAACGGAGAGAUAGACAGACAGAAGCUGGGAAACAUCAUCUUCUCCAGCCCUGAGAAACGCAGGCUGCUCAACUCUAUUACACACCCAGAGAUCCACAGAGCCAUGCUCAAACAGAUCCUGCUCUACUUCAUCCGAGGUUAUCGGUACGUGAUUCUGGAUGUGCCUCUGUUGUUUGAGACGCGGCGUCUCACGCGCUUCUUAAAUCACACAGUUGUCGUCUACUGUGAUCCUGCCACACAGCUGGCUCGGCUGAUGCACAGGGACGGUUUGAGCCAGGAGGAGGCCGAGCGACGAGUUGCCGCGCAGAUGCCCCUGAACGAGAAGCGAGGUUUGGCCAGCCACGUGAUCGAAAACUCGGGCUCGCGCGAGGACACGCACCGCCAGGUCCUCAAACUGCACACCAAGCUGGAGGACUCCAUGGAGUUCCUGAUCGUAAGGGCCAUUGCUGUGGCAGCUGUUGCCGGCCUAGGAGGCCUCUUCCUGUACACGGUUAGGCUCCUGGCGUCUUAGCCGCUAGGUGGAACUUUUAAUGAGAUGUGCCCUCUAAAAUGGAGCCAAGGGCUUCCAUGCAGUAACGGUGGAGGAGAAUAUGGUGAAUGUGGGUUAAAAAUGUGAUUUUGAAAUGUAAUGUGAAAUUUGAAGGUUUUAAUGUUUAAAUAGAUUUAUAAUAUAUAUUAUAAGAAAACACUAAUGACAUUUUUAAUAGUUCUCACAAUGAAUUUGACAAUCUAAACCUCACAAACAAAUGACCUCUGACUUCUUAACACAGUGCACAUACUUCACAGUUCUUCAGAUCUGUUCCUAGAGGUCCAGCAAUUUUGAAGGAAAUCAAACAUUCAAACAGUACUAGACAUCGGACGUUCUUAUUUUUUUUUUAUAAUUUUAUUUCUUAUUUUGCUCAUUUUCUCCCCAAUUUACACGGCCAAUUACCCAACCCACUUAUUAGGACUCCCCCUAUCAUUAGUAAUGCCCCAACACACCAGCACAUGCAUCCUUCGAGACAUGUGAAGUCAGCCACCACUUCUUUUCGAGCUGCUGCUGAUGCAGCAUUACCAAACAGCAUCACAGCUCGCUCUGAGGGAAAAAAACGCAGCGGCUCGGUUCCAGUACAUCAGCUCACACACGCCCUGUGCUGUGGACAUCACCCUAGGAGUGAUGUGGGGAGAGAGCGCCAUCUACCCACCCAGAGGGAGCAGGGCCAAUUUUGCUCCCUCUGACGCCGGCAGCUUGAUGGCAAAGCUGCAUGAGCGGGGGUUUAAACCUGCGACCUCCCGCUCAUAGUGGCAGCGCUUUAGACCGCUGGACAACUCGGCGCAUAAGACAUCGGACGUUCUUCACCACAUCUGAAGAACUGCUUGUGUAUGUAUAUCAGCUUGUGAACACGUUUAAUGUCCACUUAGUCGUCUUUUUUCGGUUUUGUAUGAGAUCUAUUUUGGAAUUUGCAUCUAAUAACUGAUGCUUAGUCCAUUUAAAGGUCAGUCAUUUGGCAUUCUGUGUUCAUUCCAAGCUAAAGCAUUCCAGUAGGCUGCAGUAGUUAGCAAAACACUUAAAGGGGACUCUCACAUUUUAAUCAAUUUUCUGCUUAAACAAGAAUAUAACAAUAUAAUUAAGAGCUGUUUGAAAUGUAAUGGCAGCUUGGACAGUCAGUCCUUAUAGUGGUAUAAAUAACUUAAAUGUCAAAUGUCAGGGGACGGCCACACCUGUACAGGUUGGCCUGCAUAGCAUCGAGACUUGAAAUGUCAGAUUUUGAGCAAGUCCAAAACUUAAACUGUGCCCAGAAUUAUUCAUUAUAUACUACUGCGAGGUUCUGCCAUUUUGUAGCGGUGACCUAAAAUGUAGAACUGAUAUUUCAGCGCUGAGUAACGUAUAGUGUACAAACAAACAUGGAUUGCUCCUAUUUAGGGAUGGAUUGAUGUGGGAAUUCUGGGCCAGUUCAGGAAAAGGACUAGGCGACACUGGACACACUACUUUAAAUUACUUGAUUUAAGCUAGAUUCAUUUGUUUUUAUAAAUAACAUAUUUUCAUACAGUUGUGUUCAAAAUUAUUUAACCCCCUCUACAGUAAAGUGUUUUAGCAAGUUUAACUUUUUUUUUAUCUUGUUCAUUAGAUUAGAGCAAAUAAGGACUUGUAUAAUAGACGAAUGCAACUUAAAUUACAGCAAGUUUUUUCUAUAUACCAAAAAAUGACCUUUUUGUGAUUUCCUCAUUAACACAAUUAUUCAUUCCCUUAGUCACAUACAACAUUAAUACUUAGAACAACUUUAUAACGUUAUAACGUUCUUCAAACAUGAAACAUAGCUUGACACACAUUUCUUGCAGUGAUCAACAGGUAUUUUUGCCCAUUCCUCAUAUGCAAAGACCUCCAGUUUUUUUUGACAUUCUUUGGAUAGCGUGUUGCAACUGCCUUCUUCAAGUCCCACCAGAGAUUUUCUAAGGAAUUUAAGUUUAGCGAUUGCGAUGGCAACUCCAGAAUCUUCCAGCCCUUCUUCUGCAACCAAGCCAUGGUAGAAUUAGAGCUAUUCUUGGGUUCAUUGUCCUGUUGGAAGAUCCAGCGUCUCCCAAGCUUCAGCUUUGUCACUGCAUUACAUUUCCACCCAAGGUCUCCUGGUAGUUAACUGAAUUCUUGGUAUCUUCCACAGCAGAGCAUGACUGAUCCACCACCAUGCUUCACAGUAGCCAAGGUGAUAUUUUCUGUAUAAGCCUUUUUUUUCUCUUCCAAACAUCUUACUGAUCCAUAGGCCCAAAUAAUAAAAUUUUUGUCUCGUCGUUCCAAAGAACAGUAUCCCACCAACCAUUGUGGUUUACCCACAGUGACCAUUCGCUGGACUUGACCAUGUUGCAAAGACACCAUUAACUGACUAGAAGGUGCUGAGUAUGUAAAUCCUCAGCUCUGCGUAAUUAAAUCUGCUAAUUGCUGCUUGUUAUGGUUCUGUUCUAAAUGCCUGAUUAAAAACAGCUAAUUAAAACUUAUAUUCUUGAGUGUGGAAAUCUUUAAGGGUUGAUAAUUUUGAGAAUAAAUCACAAAAAGGACAUUUGUUGGUGUAUUAGAAUUUUUCUAUUUUAUUCAUUUAAGUUGCAUUUGCUAUUAUACAAGUCCUUCUUUGAUCUGAUUGUAAACAAAAUAAAAAAAACUAAAUAUUAAACUUGCUAAAACACUUUACAGCAGUGGGGGUUGAAUCAUUUUUAAAACAACUGCACAUAAUAAACAUUUCUGCCGAUCUGAUGAUGAUAUACAUAUUUAUGACUUACAGAGACUACACACACUGGUAUAACUUUACUAGGGGACCUAGGAAAAUGUAUACAAACUAGCUUGAAUCAAAUCAUUUUAAAGUAGUGUGACCAGUGUUGGGCAAUUGUAGUAGUGUGGCCAGUGUCACCUGGUUCUUUUCCCGGCAUGCAUUAAUUACUCAGCAAGUAUCGCAUUGAAAUAUUCUCCAAAUAGGCUGAUGCCUAAUUUUUCACAGAUUGUCUGAGGAAGACUGUUGUUCAGACACAUUAUGGGAGCUCACACUUAUUACCAGAUUUGCAAAAUCAUUCACUACUUUAUAGGGAAACGUAUAGGGAAAUGUAUAGGGAAAAUAUAUAGGAAAAUUUGUGUUCUUUAUAUUAUUAUUGUUCUGCAUAGUGAUCUGUUAUGGAUCAUGUAGGGAACAAGGAACAGUUUUAAAUACAGUUUAAGUUUUAUAUGAGAACUAUUUUCCCUUAUUUUACCUCCACCAUGAAUAGAUUAUAUUUAUUUCGAUGCCCAGCUGCAACAUACAGCUAUGGAAAAAAAAACAUAAAAGACCAAUUAAAAUUAUGUUUCUUUGAUUUUACCAAAUUGAAAACCUCUAAAACAUAAUCAAGAGGAAGAUGUAUGAUCACACGCCAUCAAACCAAACAGAACUGCUUGAAUUUUUGCAGCAGGAGUGAAAUAAAGUUAUCCAAAAGCAGUGUGUAAGACUGGUGGAGGAGAACAUGCCAAGAUGCAUGAAAACUGUGAUUAAAAGCCAGGGUUAUUCCAUUAAAUAUUGAUUUACUCUUUCUUCGCAUUAUUUGAGGUCUGAAAGCUCUGCAUAUUUUUUGUUAUUUCAACCAUUUCUCAUUUUCUGCAUAUAAAUAACAUUAUUUUUAUUUGGAAGAAAUGUUGUCAGUAGUUUCUAAAAUAAAACCACAAUGUUCAUUUUCCUCAAACAUAUACCUAUAAAUAGCAAAAUCAAAGAAACUGAAGUGGUCUCUUUUUUUUUUUUUUUUCCAUAGCUGUAGUUAUUUCCCAAGUUACAUGUCUUGCUCUGUGCUUGUCAAAAAGUAAAGUAGGACUACGUAUGUUAAAGAACUUUUUAUAUUUUCUUGCUUGUGAUUUAUGCAAUGUUUGUGACAAAUGGAUGGGCUUCCCCUUUAAGCUGUUCAGCUUCAUUAACUUUUACAUUAGCCAGUCUGAUGCAUUAUUUGCUUCUUCCAAAAUAAGUAAUUGGAAAUAAGCUUUUCCUGUCUAUGUAUUAUGUAUUAUGCAUACACUCGUGUAUGCCCAUAUACCACAGACACAGAAUUAGAUCACCUAAAUUAUGCAUAAAAGCAUACCAUAGACUUCUAAAAACAAGGAUCCAGUCAAUUUGCAGCCUAUUAAAACAGUUCCAUUUAUUAUUGUACAUUUAUUGCUGCAUACAAAAUUAAAGACGUAGUGGUUUAUUUAGUUAUUAUUGAGGGUUACAGUGAAAUAAGCUUUAAAUAGUGGGUUUAUGUUGGCUAAAAGGGGAAUUAGAGCUUCUAACUAAUUCUGACUUCUAAACCAACCUGUUAGAAAAGAGUUGUAUUAUUUUGUGAAUCCACUGGCUCUUCAGCACUGAUUUUACUGACAUUUACUGAAAAAAUGGUUAUCUGGGGCAAAAAUCAAAUUUGCUACUGGUCCUUCAGGCUGCAGUUUCAACAUGCAUUCAUAAAACUGUUCCCAUACUUGCCCGUGACACUGGGGGUUUCUAAUUGCACAGCAGCAAAAACACAUCAAAGUAACAUAGGUAACUUUUUUUCAAAACUUUAAAUCAUUUAGGAUCUGCCUGUCUGCACUGCCCCUAUUGGGUUAGUAUGUAGGGUACCUCUUAAAAGCAUCACAUUCAUUUUAUGAACACACACAAUGGACACACUAAACUGGUCCAGCAAAUGAAAGGAGAUGAAAGCCAGCCAUCAUGUGUAUGCAAUGGUGUAGUUUACAGCUAGUAUAGCUUUAAUCUAAUACGCUUAUUCUGUAAGAAGGGGACGGGUCUAUCAAAUGAGUAGGCAUAUCUGGCUCUAUUUCUAGUCUCUGCUGCAAUUUUUACAACAUGAUGGACAGUGUUGUAUUUAUUUGUAUAGACCUAAAAACAAUAAAACCACAGCAUCCAAGUUUUCUACAGUUAGCAGUAGAACUAUGGCAUCAUUUUACUGCCAAUAGUCGAGAGCGAAGUUUUUGAAUGCAAGAGCCUAUUUCAUGCAGAGCUCACAGAUUUUAUUUGCUCACGUGUAAAAUAUAGGUGUGCUCACACAAGUUUACCAUGCUCUCUCUCUCAGAUUAACUCUUCUCUUGUACGAAUCUUCGCGUACAUAUAGAAUCUCUUCCAGAGAUUAGCUGCGUUUCAAAAUCUAGUCUGCAGUCGAGGUAGACCGGGUCCUUGUCCUAUAAAGAUUCCUUCUCAGUAACCUGUUGUGUGCACAUUUGGAUCAGUCUAGCUAUGCUUUGUAGUAGGGGUGCAAUGGUACAGAAUAUUCAUGGGUCAGUUCACACCUCUGUAUUAAACCCCUGAGUUUGGUACGUUUUCGGUACGUGCGGUUGGUGGAAAAAAUAAAGAGGCAGUGCAUUAUGUAUAGCCUCACUUUAAUUAACUUCACAAUAACAAUGAAUCUUACUUAUAACCAUUUUUUUGUUUUUUGGGUGUGAAUGUUGUAACAGGGCUCGAGCUUUUUUAUUAAAUGCUUGAAACCAGGUUUCUCUCCUACUGUCAUCAUGAGAGGCAACAUCUUUUGGAUCUUGUUGGAACAAAGAAACAGUGAGCCUGAUUGUGGAGCUUUAUUAAAAACAAAAACAACAGCAUUACUUUAACUGCUUAAAUUACAAAUAUUUUCCUAAGCAUAUUACUGGAUGCAUUUCAGUGUUUGAGUUCUUUUUAAGAAAUAUCAGCAUUCGAUUGUUACAAUUAAAUUAUAUUAGUGGUGUCAAUCACUUAAAAAUGAAUUAAAAUCAUUUUUUAAUGCAAUUUUUUAUGCAAUUUUCAAUCAUUUUUUAUGCUGGAAUAUGGUAGUGUGGUUUAGGUCUGGCAGACUAGAUCAUUUUGUGCUGUAUUACAAUAUCUCAGAGAGGGAGAGAGAGUGUGAGAGAGAAAGACAGUAUGAGUGAAUGAUCUGUGAUUCUGCGCUGCUCUCUGCUUGUGUGCUCCAGCCUGCACUGUUUCCAAUCAGAGCUAAACUUCUUAGCGCAGUCUAUGGGUCAAUAGCGAGUUGCUAGUAGCAACAGUGCUACAGCUGCACUUUCCGGGAUAUGUUCAUUGGUUCCACAAGUCUCCUACUGCUACUCCUACUCUCCUACUCGUGUAUUUUGCGUCCGUUUGCGUAAACCAAACCUGUGACCCCUGUACUGUGACGGUUCGUAAAAAAUACACGUACCGUUACGCCCCUACUUUGUAGUGACAUCACACACACGUGAUAAGGCACAAAAGUUAUGUGCUUUUUAAUUUAUUUACAGAAAUAAUGAAUAAAUACUUUGAAAUAUUUUUAAUUAAACACUUCUCAAGAGUCUUUGUAUAUCACCAUUUUUGCCAAGUUUUUUCCUUUGCAAUGAAUGUGCUCAUUUAAUUGUGGGCCUCCGAGGGCCAUAAAGGAUACAUCAGCUGUGUCCUUCAAAUCAUCCAAAAAUUCUCCUGCAUUUAUUUGGCUGUUUACGAAGGAUCCUUCACUUUGAAACAGCUUUGUAUGACUUAGACUUUGUGACGCAGUUUAGCCCUGGUUUCAGGCCUGAUGCUGAGGUUGUGAGGUUUGUGAUGCCUGUCACAGGUCAUUCCUUAUGUACUGUAAUCAAAGACAAUGCUAAAACUGCACACUUCCAGUCCAUCAUCUGCUCUGUUAUCACUGUGUAUUUCAGUUUAUGGUGAAGUCACUCACACAAUACGUCAACAGAAUGUAUUUGUUUGCAAAUAAAAAGGAAUGUAACUGGUCUAAUCUGCAGAUUAAACAAGGUUGGCUUCACCACAUCACCUGCUGUAAUGCUCA